AUGGCCAUCCUUCUUUGUGCGCAUGUUUAUAGUUAUACCAUUGUGGUUCUAUUGUUGUCUUCGUUAUUAGCCACUGCUGUUGAUAUUAUUACACAAUCUCAGCCACUGGUUGACGGUGGAACAACCACCUUGGUGUCUGAAAAUGGAAAGUUCGAGCUAGGUUUUUUCAGCCCAGGUAGUUCCACAAACCGAUACAUCGGAAUCUGGUUCAAGAACAUCCCAACUAGAAGGAUUGUCUGGGUUGCCAACCGUGAAAAACCAGUCAAAGGUAAUUCAGGGAAGCUGAGCAUUAACACAGAAGGAAACCUUGUGCUUCUAAGCCAGAACGAGACUGUUGUUUGGUUAGCAAAUUCAACCAAAAAAGCUUCAAGUCCAAUCGUACAACUUCUAGACUCUGGAAAUUUGGUUCUGAAGGAUGAACAAGACCAGAUCAGUCCACAAAACUACUUGUGGCAGAGUUUUGAUUAUCCUUCUGAUACUCUUUUGCCAGGAAUCAAGUUUGGAUGGGACCUUAGAACUGGUCUUAAUCGACAUUUAACGGCAUGGAAAAGUUGGGAUGAUCCUUCUCCAGGAGACUUCAGAAGUGAACUCAUGCUUCACAAUUUACCAGAAAUAGUCUUAUGGGAAGGCUCCACAGAAUAUCACAGAAGUGGCCCAUGGAAUGGUCUUGAUUUUAGUGGCACUCCUACAACGAUGGAAGAAUUAGUUCAUAAUAACUUAACAUUGGUUUCCAAUGAAGACGAGGUUUAUUUCAUAUACACUCCCGACAAUGAGUCAGAGGUUUCUAUAAGAGUUUUAAACCAAACAAAGCACGCUUUGCAGAGGCUUGUGUGGAUUGAAGAUGGAAAAACAUGGAAAUCUUUUGGUGAUCUACCAAGAGAUAAUUGUGAACUAUAUAAUCUUUGUGGUGCAUAUGGAAAUGCAUCAUCGUUGAUACAGCUAUAUGCCAGUGCUUGA